AUGGAUGUUGAUCUGAUUCAAGUGGUGAACCGGCUGCAGGAGACCUUUACGGCCAUCGGCGGCCAUAGCGUCGACCUGCCGCAAUGCGUCGUGGUCGGCUCGCAGUCGUCGGGCAAGUCGAGCGUGUUGGAAACGAUUGUCGGCCGCGACUUUCUUCCCCGUGGUAGCGGUAUCGUGACCCGCCGCCCGCUCGUGCUGCAGCUCAUCCACCUGCCCGCCCCUGCGGACGGCACGCGCUCGAUGCAGCCGGAAGAGUACGGCGAGUUUCUGCACCUCGACCGGCGCUUUACCGACUUUGCCUCGAUCCGCAACGAGAUUGAGAACGAGACCUUCCGUGUCGCCGGCCAGAACAAGGGCAUCUCGAAGCAGCCCAUCCACCUGAAGAUUUACAGCCCAAACGUCAUCAACCUGACACUCGUGGAUCUGCCGGGUCUCACCAAGAUUCCGGUCGGCGACCAGCCGUCGGACAUUGAGCGCCAGAUCCGCUCGCUCGUCACGGACUAUAUCUCGAAGCCGAACUGCAUCAUCAUGGCUGUCUCGCCGGCGAACGUCGACCUCGCCAACUCGGAUAGCCUGAAGCUCGCGCGCAGCGUCGAUCCCCAGGGCCGCCGCACGAUCGGUGUGCUUACCAAGCUGGAUCUGAUGGACAAUGGCACGAAUGCACUGGAUAUCCUGACCGGGCGCAUGUACCCCCUCAAGCUCGGCUUCAUCGGCGUGGUGAACCGCUCGCAGCAGGACAUUAACAGCAACGUGCCGCUGGACGAGGCACGGCGCUCCGAGGAAGAGUUCUUCCGGUCGCACCUUGCCUACCGCAAUAUCGCACACCGCUGCGGCACCAAGUACCUCGCCAAGACGCUGAACCAGGUGCUCAUGGGACACAUCCGCGACCGUCUGCCCGACAUGAAGGCGCGCCUGAACACGCUCAUGGGCCAGGCGCAGCAGGAGCUCGCGUCGUUUGGCGACGUCGCGUUUAUGGGCGACCAGCACCGUGGCACGCUCAUUCUCAAGCACAUGACGCAGUUUGCGCGCGACUUUGUGGCGUCGAUCGACGGUACCUCGUUCGACAUCUCGACCAAGGAGCUGUGCGGCGGCGCGCGGGUCUACUACAUCUUCCAGGACGUCUUUGGUCAAGCGCUCACCUCGAUCAACCCCAUUCAGAACCUCACGGUGCAGGAUAUCCGCACGGCGAUCCGCAACUCAACCGGCCCGCGCCCCAGCCUGUUUGUGCCGGAAGCUGCGUUUGAGCUGCUGAUCAAGCCGCAAAUCAAGCUGCUCGAGCCGCCGAGCUUGCGGUGUGUCGAGCUGGUGUACGAGGAGCUGAUGAAGAUCUGCCACAACUGCACCAGCACCGAGCUGCAGCGCUUCCCCCGCCUGCACGCCCAGCUGAUCGAGGUGGUGUCGGAUCUGCUGCGUGAGCGCCUCGGGCCCACGUCGGAAUACGUGCAGAGCUUGAUCGAUAUCCAGGCCGCGUACAUCAACACGAACCACCCCACGUUUGUGCAGGACUCGGCGUCGAUUGCGACGCGCAUGCGCGAGUCGCAGCAGCGCAAGUCGCUCACCGCCGCGCCGAAGCAACAGCACCAGCAGCAGCAGCACCAGCAGGAGCUGUCGCUGGACUCGGACGUGAGCGGCGCGGCGUCAGAGGACGAGAUGGACGACCAAAAGAACAGCCGGAGCCUCACGGUGAACGGAACCACGCACAAGGAGCAGCCCAAGCACCGCAACGCCCCGACCCAGGGCCAGCCGCGGCCGGCGGAGCAGCCGGUGGGCGACAUGGGCCCCAACGGCCAGCGCGACUCGUUCCUGAACUACUUCUUCGGCGGGCCGUCGAGCCUGCCGAUCCACGAGCCGAGCGGCAGCGUGUCGGGCCUGUCGAUGCACUCGCGUCUCAACGACAACAAGCCGAACCUCAUGGCCGGCCGCGGCGGCCUCGAGGGCAGCAGCGCCGCGUUCGACAUGAAGAGCCUCGACCGGUACCUCGAGGCGGAGCAGGUGCCGGACGACGAGUACGCGCUCUCGGAGCGCGAGGCGGUCGAGGUGAACCUCAUCCGCCAGCUCAUCACGUCCUACUUCAACAUCGUCCGCCAGUCGAUCCAGGACCUGGUGCCCAAGGCGGUGAUGCACCUCCUGGUCAACUUCUCGCGCGACACGGUGCAGAACAGGCUGGUGAUCAACCUGUACAAGGAGUCCAUGUUUGAGCAGCUCCUCCACGAGGACGAGGCACUGACCAAGGAGCGCAAGCGUGUCCAGGCCCUGCUCGACGCCUACAAGGAAGGCUUUAACGUCUUGUCUGAUAUCACAUUCAAACCUACGAGCUCAUAG